CAAAUUCUAUUACUCUUCAUGAAAGCUGAAGCAGUUUUAGGAGUUAAUAUAGGAGACAUUAGAUAUAUUACAAAUUGUUCCGCUAAAAUUAAAUUACACCCUUAGGAAUACUUUGCACAUGUACAUGCUUGCCAAAUAUGCAAAGAAAGUUCCCCAUUUAUAAGCAAGCUCAAGAAUCUAAAAGAUAUUGAAAAUUAUUCCUAUUUUGAUUUACUUGGAUUAAAAUCAAUGUCAGAGAUCAUAAUUGACGAAAUCAAUUAAAACGAUUUAGAUUAGGAAUUUUAUAGUGAUGAAUAUGAAGAAUUUUUAUUAAGCCUUGAUCCGUUUAUUUGCUCUGACUGUAAUUCAGACUAAGUUAACUAAAAUUAAAUUGGUAUCAAAUAGCAUUUAAAGGCUUGCAAAGACUUUCGAGAAAACUCACCUUUUUAAUAAUAAUUACAAAAUAUCAAUCUCAACAAUUAUUGGGAUAUUCACAAAAAAGCCUUUACGCUUGAUAUUCUUUAUAUUAUUAAUUGGGUUACAAUAAUCAUCAUUAAAAAACUUGUAAAUUUUUAAAUUAAUUAUAUAGCUCGGACAAUUCGACAGAAAGAAUCAUUAGAAUUAAUAAGGUAGAGGACAUAAAUGCGGGAAAUGCGAAUAAUUUAAAGGUAUACAUUGUUUGUAUUUUUGAAGAAAUCUUGAUUAAACAUGAUAACUGUAAUGUACUUGCUUGUACAAAUUGUUAUGAAACACAUAUUAGAAAACAAGUUGAAGAAAAUUGCCUAGAAAUUAGAUGUUUUAAUUGUCAAAAUAAGCUUUCGACACAAUUUAUAUUGAAAAUUCUAGACAAUAAAUCCCACUACAAAAUGCCAAUAAAUUGAUGCCUUCAGACUUUAAAUGUUAUAGAGAGU